GCCAGCGACAAGGACAGUCUCAAGGAGGCUUCGCAAGAGAGCGAGACAGAUGGCGAGGCUUCAAAGGCUCGCGCCAUUGCGGCCUUUGUGACCUCUGCAGCUUUCCACUCUGUCAUGAGCUUGUGCGUGAAACUUGCCAGUGGGACAUUCCCCACCGCGCAGAUUCUUUGGGCACGCUACACGGUGCAGAUGUUGGUCACUUCAUUGAUGCUCUGGAAAAAACGCCCCAACCUGAACCUGCCGAGAGGUCUCAAGAUCCUUCUGUUAUUGCGCGGUUUGCUGGGCAUGUCGUCACAAGGCUGCCACAUGCUGUCACUCAAAAUGCUGCCCUUACCUGAUGCGGUGUCCUUACACACAGUAUACCCAGUUUUCACUGCUUUGCUGGCACCUUUCACCUUGGGGGAGCCACUUUCAGCUGCGGCUGUUUGUGCUGCACUGUGCGCAACAGUGGGCUGCAGCUUCAUUGCCCAGGGCCGCUUGAGUCGGGCGCCGCCCAAAGGGCAGCAGGUGCGACUGGGCAUGGGCAUUGCUUUGCUUGGCGCGUUGAAUGCCAGCUUAACAUAUUUGCUGGUUCGCAAGUUGAUGCGAAAAUCGGAGAGGGCCAUUGAUCCUGAGGUAGUCGUUUGGAGCUACUCUCUGACCGCUCUUUGCGUCCUGAUCCUGGCACUGCCACUGACAGCGUCCUCCUUUGUUUGGGAUGCUUCAGCAUCUGCUUGGCUGGCCUUGAUCUCGGUGGGUGCCACCAGCGUCAUCGAGCAGCUGCUGGUGACCCUGGGCUUCCGAGGGCUGUCAGCAACAGCGGGAACAUUGAUGCUGACGCUCGAAGCUGCUUUUGCCUUCGUGUUCAGUGCCUUGAUAUUGAAGGAGACGCCGCGGCUUCAGACAUUGCUGGGAGCUGCCUUGGUUGCUGCAGCUGUUACAGUGAGUACGUUGCGGAAGCCUGGCUGUCAUCCCAGGUACGCUGCAGUGAAGAGUGACGUGGAGAAAUCACCAGCUAUCCAAAGUGAGAGCUUAGAACUGGAGAAUUGUGAUGAAAGGAACACUGGCCCGCCCUGCGUGAAAAAUGGUGACCACUGA